UGUAAUUUCCUAAUUUCAUCUCUGAUUUUAAAAUGUAUCUAAUAGUAUCUAAAAUGUAAUUAUUAUUUGUGAAGUAUAUAUAUAUAUAUUUAUAAUAUAUAUUUUUUAAUGUGUGUUUUAAAAAAAAUUGUAUAAGUUUGUUAUUGAUGCGCAAUGGAUUUUUCAAGAAGAAUUAAACAAGAAAUAAAGAAACCUACUACAGGUAGUAAGGUUGAAAUGUAUCCACAUGAUGUACAAUUUUAUAUUCUGCCACCCACAUACGAUAUAACAAUGCCCUUAUUUGAGGAACUGGCAUUUGAAAGGUUAAAAGUUUUAAGGAUCUUAGAACAGGCCAGUAAUAAAAAUCUUAGAAUUUAUUCACAAGAAUGGAAAGAUUCUGUAAUAGCAGAUUUAAAUAAAGAAGGCCUUAAAAGUUACGCAAAGCUUUGCCAAGGUACUUCUGGAAAUACAGAAGCACAUUUGCAAGCUCGUAAGCGAGACCACAUUUCACAUUUUAUUUUGAGAUUAGCUUAUUGUCGUUCAAAAGAUUUGCAAGUAUGGUUUCUUGCUAGGGAAAUGGAAUUAUUUAAAAUGCGUUUUAGUGCACUAAGCAAAGAUUCCAUUAAACAAUUCUUAAAAGUAAAUAAUUUAUCAUAUGACCCCAUAAAUUCCGAAGAAAAAAGUAAUGUAAAAGAUGGUUUGUAUCAAUCAACUCUUGGGUUGUCAAUUGCCCAGAUAGAAAUGCAAGAUUUUUAUAAAGUGCCUUUUCAAGAAGUUUUGGAUCUAGUUAAGAACAGAAGAGUAUAUUUACAAUCAGGGUAUGCUUAUGUACCUACUACAGAAUUUGUUUCAGUAGUAUCAACCAGACAUAGCACAAUAAUAAGCACAGGAUUAGAAGCUGCUAAUCGAAUAUUACCAGACAUUGAAGUUGAUGAGAGACUUGUAGGUUUAUUAAAAGGAUUGCACACUUCGUACACAGGCAAAGAUUAUACUCUAUCAAAAACAGCAUUUGUCCCUCUUGAAUCUAUUGAUCAUCUUUCUAAAAAAUCUUUUCCACUGUGUAUGAAAAAUUGCCAUGAUAUAUUGCGAGAUAAACAUCAUCUUAAAUAUAAUGGAAGAUUGCAUUAUGGUUUGUUUCUCAAAGCAAUUGGUGUAACACUUGAAGAUUCUCUUAAGUUUUGGCAUGAUGAAUUUGUAAAAAUUAUGGAUGAAGAUAGGUUUAGUAAACAAUAUGCUUAUGGAAUACGAUACAAUUAUGGCAAAGAAGGGUCUAGAAUCAACUUUAGCCCAUUCAGUUGUAUGAAAAUUAUUUCUACAGCUGUCGGUCCAGGUGACACUCACGGUUGUCCUUAUAAAAGCUUGGACCAAGGUGCCUUGAGGAGUCUUUUGACUUCAAGUGGCACUCCUAUACAUCUUGUGCAAGAGAUUGCAAAUUAUGCUUCACGAGGUCAUUAUCAAAUAGCUUGUGGAAAAUAUUUCGAGGCAACUCAUAAUGUGAUAUUGGAAGGUGGCAUCAAUCAUCCAAAUCAAUACUUUGAGGAAAGUCAAAUUGCAAUAGGAAGCAAACAAAGAGUAAACAAAUCAAGAAAUGUUAACAAUGUAAAAUCUGAUGGUGAUUAUGCAGCUCAACUUUUAUCACAAGAUAACUGGGAUGAAGAAUUGUGGAACAUGGGAGAUGAAGUUGAGAGCAAGGAUAAUAGCAUUAAAACUGCAAAUAUUGGGAGUUCUGCAAAUAAAGUUGAUACAACACAUAUUGCACCCAAGAAGGAUCAAGAAUGGGAUGAUGAAUUUGAUAUAUCAAUGAUGGAUGAUUUUUAAUGUUUUA